AGUCCUCAUAUUUCUAAAGGUUUAAAAUCGUGGAUAUAUUAUGUUUGUUUGCCUUGUGCAUACGUUUUGAGCAAGAUACUGUGUUGGAUUUCUGGGGAUGUCGGUUUUCAAUUGAUUUCAUGAGUGUUAUUCUAUAUUAGGGUUCUGGAGAUAUUGAUUUUUAGUUGAUUAGUUGUUGGAAAUGCCAUCGAUGAAUCUAAUUGAUGGGUUUAUCGUCCUGAAUGAAAUGAAAAUGAACAUUUUUCUGUGUAAAGUGGUGAAGAUUUGAUGGAUCUAAGAUAAAAAUGAAGUAUGUGCAGAAGACUUAAUCUUCUUUAGCAUGAUUUUGAUUUAUUACGUUUGCAAAAAUGGGAUGGAAAGCUAAAGAUUGAAUCUUUUAACUUGAUUAAUGUUUUAACCUAAAAAAUGAGGUGAAGUUUUAGCAUGGAAAUAGUAUGCCUGAGGGUAAUCCAGUUUUGAGGAACUCUAGCAGCAAUAGAUGGAGAAGUAAACCACUAAAAAUCAGUUUUUGUAUCUAGGGCACCGUUCUUGUUGGUGGCUAGAAAAUGCCUCUGUAGUUACUAAUUGGUCAAUUUCUGCGUCUAAUUCUCAGAAAUUUGUUGGAUUCUAAAAAAAUAAGUGAAUUAUAUUUAAAAUCAUUGAUCUUUCCCCCCUAAAGAGGACUUGUUUUCGUGGGACCUGAAUGGGGCGCUAAAGAUUGAAUCUUUAGUUGUUGACAUUGCUUUUGAUUGAGUUACCAGUACUAAUUGAUGGUGGAGAGGGUUGAGAAUGGCAAUAUGAUAUUUGGUUAUGGAAUAAGCAAUACCCGAGCUUCAGAAACUCUUAUGCAGGAAAAAAAAAGUUGAGAGAGAGUUUUCUCCUCUUUGAAAUCUUGCUAUGAUGUCUUGUUGAAUGUUGGCUGAUCGUGUUACUGGUUCAAUUUAUGAAUCAUGGUUGGACUAAAAAUAGAUCAGAAUUAUUUCUUAAACAGAAAGAUGAUGCAAACAUGUAACUAUCAGCUUAAAAGACGUUUCAUAAGUUAAAUGUCCUUCACAUGUUUGUCGCUACACUUCCUAACUUUUUAGUUAAUAUAUAUUUUGCAAGGAAAAAAAAGAUGGAUACAGAUGAUACGGUGUUCAUGUGCCUGUCCCAAGGCUUCUUGCCAAGGCGGUUGCACCCUAUCUAAUUCACAAAAUUCCACGGCCUAAAGGCAGUAGCUUUUGGCUUGUAGCAAUUCAAGUUCUUGCCAGCUUCAACCUUUUAUUGUCACUCGUGAUGGCCCUCAAGUUCUUGAAGUUCAAAAGGAGUCAUUGGUGGAGUUCUUGCUAUAUUUGGGCAGUCUGGUUGGAAGGUCCCCUAGGGUUUGGCUUGCUGCUGGGCUGUCGCAUCGUACAGGGUUUCCAACUAUAUAACAUAUUUGUUAAGAGGCGUUUGGCACCCAUCCGAUCAUAUAUAUUUCUUCCACUGAUUCUCUUGCCCUGGAUUGCUGGUUCUAUAUUUAUUCACUUGAAAAAACCUCUAAAUUAUCGUUGCCACAUGGGGACUCAGUGGAUCAUCCCAGUUAUUUGCCUCCAUGCAUUAUAUAUUGCUGCUUUGGUUGGUUUUACGGGAGCCAUUCAACAUGUAGAGUUCAGAUUCCAUGAACUCAAAGAUCUCUGGCGGGGAAUUCUCGUGUCUGUUUGUUCUAUUGGUAUAUGGGUGGUUGCUUACAUUCUGAAUGAGGAACACGAAGAUAUUUCAUGGGUUCAAAUUGUCUCCAGAUUUUUAUUGUUAGUUACGACAAGUAUCCUUGUGCUGGCGUUCUUCUCUAUGUCGCUAUCUCAACCGCUCAUCUCACUUAUGAGCUUGAGAAAAAAGGAUCAUCCGGAAUACAAGACAAUGGGCCGUGCACUGGGAAUACCUGAUAGUGGGCUAUUGUUACAAGAGGAAUUAACUCAGUUUGCAAAUCCUAAAGAACCUUUGGAUAAGCUUCUUUUGAACAGGAAAUUCCGUCAGUCAUUCCUGGCAUUUGCUGAUAGCUGUUUGGCUGGUGAGAGUGUCCAUUUCUAUGAUGAAGUGCAACAGCUUGAAAAAGUUCCUGGUAAUGAUCAUGUAAGAAGAAUUUACAUGGCGCGACAUAUUAUCGACAAAUACAUAGCUCCAGGUAUAAUAUUUAUCACAAAUUACAUUGACUUUUAGGGCACGUUUUGUAGACCCCAUUGGAUUAGGGGAUAGUAUCAAGAUAAAUUAUGGGGCAUUGUUCUAAUAUGGCAUUUGGUGCAAUAUCGUAUUAGAAGACUGA